GUCAAUUUAACCUUGAUGACAAUGGCUGAUGCUAUGAAGCUCCAACAAGCAUUGCAGGAAAGCAGUGUACUUGACACCCCAAAACUGAAAUUGGUGUUGAAAUUGAGUUUCAGAAUGAUUGUGAUGAGAGUUCUCAAUACUGGGACACUUUUUCUCUUGAUCACUAGCUUGUAGAUUGUUAUGACGGUCUUUGCUUCAGCUUAAUCUGCUUUUAUUGAUUGAAGUCUUGGAGAUCAAAAUGGCAUCAAUAAUAGCUAUCUUAUGCUGCUUAUGCCAAAAAGCAGAAAGUUAUCAGAAGGAGUAGGGUCCAAAAGCAUGAAGGACCCAAAGGACUGACUGAUCUAUCCUAUCAAGAGCCCCUGGAAAGUCUGGUGUAAAAAAAAAACUGUUCAAGGCCUUUGAUUUCUCUUUUAAAUCUGAUAAGCCUCCUGCUUGACUUCUGCAUCAGUGGUCUGUUGUGAUCAAGUAUCCUUGUGUAUUAUGAUUUCUUAUAAUCUAUUGUUGAAGUGUUCUGUAGGUUGAUAAUCUUUCUUUGCCUGGCUGGAUAAUCUGUCUUGUCUAUUUUGUAAAGGCUGUAAACUGGGUCAUCCACUUUUGCCAGACUUGUAGACACUCUACUCAACUUGCCUUGCAAAAACAAAGAUGGCAGUUGUUUCGGUGGUCCAUUGGUUUUUACUGUAUAUCAAUAUCUCCUUGAAUGCUUCUAUCAUCUUAGCAAACAUGGUACAUUUCAGAUUUCCAAUCAUAAAACACGUGGCUUUAAAAGUACUUUACUCUUCCUGAGAAUUUCCCUUUUAAAUACCCCAUUCUCAUCGAAAACCUAGGUCUGAGGUGUUUCUCCCACAGAAGAAAUAGGGGGGAUUCUUCUAAGCACUCUUGACAUAUUAUCAUUUUUCCCUAUGGCUGACAAAAAUUCAUUAAUGCGAGUUCCUGAGCACUGGACGUUGGUUGUUAAGGAGCAGGAGGAUGGAUCUAGCCUUUCGUACUACACAUGCUUAGCGAGUGGGCAAAAGUUCUACAGCUAUGAAGAUCUCAUGCGAUAUGUGAACUAUGCAAAGGCUGCUAAGCUUUCCAUCUACUCACCUGAUUUCAGUCCCAUCAAACAAAAGGCAAAAGCUAGCAGGCCUGAUUUCGAUCGGAUUGAUAUAAGCUCGGACUCAGAAGAUUCAGCAUCCAAAUUGCCUAGUGUUGCUUCGAAUGAGGUGAUGGAAGUGGCUAGUCCAGCACAUUCUGUCAAGCAGUCUUUAACAGGGAAAAUGAAGUUUGAGAACCGGGCUUCAAACGGGGAAUGCAGUUCUAGCGGGGUUAAGGCCAAGAAACAGAAGAUGUAAAGCAGUAGAAGAUAGAGCUGAAAAUGAUCACCAAGUUUCUUCAUAUUGGCAUAAUUUUCAAAUCUUGUGUUAAUCAGGAUGAAUAAACGAAAGAAAAUAAAGAAGACAAACUUCAAGUCUGGAUUGAUUCCUUGAUACUUAAAGGCUGAUCAAAUUGAAAUAAAUU